AUGAGCCUCAUUUCGUCAACAUGCGUCGCCGGUGUAGCAGUCGGCCUGACUUUCACCACGGCCAUAUUCGGGCCAAACCUCAAGUGCCUUCCCGGCAUGUACCAUAUAAGAUCUCUAUACUCUGUUCUUGUGUGGAAGAACCGUGCUAAGCUUGAUGAUCACCAAUCUCUAUUCAAACCAGAAGUCCUCACCACCUGGUGCCCUCUCAUGGAGAUCGACAUGAACUUACACAAGACAAACUCGAGUUACUUCUCCGACUUGGACGAAAGCCGGCUGCGGGUUCUGGCGCGAGUCUUCCCCGAUUGUCUCCAGCUAGGCGGCGCAAAGGUGAAUCUCGCCUUGGGAGGCGUCGCCUGCACCUUCUUCAAGGCGAUUUCCCCCCUCCAGAAAUAUGAGUUGCAAUCGCAAAUUUUAUCGUGGGAUGAGAAGUGGCUGUACAUGGCCAGUUACUUUCUAGUAUCCGGAGGCAGUCGUCGACUGUCCGCUGCUCGAGACGGUCCCAAUCAAGAUGAGAAGGCUCUUGAAGAAGUUGCUCGCUCUGUUGUAAUCGCUGCAGUCGUCUCCAAGUAUUGUUUCAAGGAGGGAAGGAAAACAGUCUCUCCGGAGACAAUGUUGCGACGCAGAAAGAUUUUGAGUCCGGAAUCCGAAGACGAAUUAAGCCGAAAGAACAUGGAGGGCAUGCGUAUUGCUUUGUCUCUGAAUCAAAUGGGUGCAUUGAGAGCCGCCCUCUGA